GUGAGUACCUAUAGCAACCAGGGAGGAAAUUGAAAAAAAGCCAAAUCGGCUCAGUCCAGGGCAUUCAUCCAUCCCCACGCUCGAAGCAAACAGAGGCGAGGUAGCGGCGGCCGACGGCAAGGUGACUCGCCCCAAAUCCCCCAAAUCAAAUCGUCCUGGCGGCGGUCGACGGCAACCGCGGGUCCUUGCGGUAGGCUGACUUGUUCCUUCCGGCGAAGGGGGCGGCGGAAGGCGGAGGGCGUGUUCCUUGCGGCAGUGUCGGGCGUGUCCCUUGCGGCGGCGGUGGCAGCGCGGCUGCGUGGGGGAGGGGAAGCAGCAGCGGCCGCCCGCCGCGUGGUCAACAUACCUAGGCUGCUGCAACAUAUCUCGCUCUCACCAUCAAGACCAGCUCUGAACCAACCGACGCUCCAAGCUCGCCAGAUCUCGCUCUCACCAUCAAGACCAGCAAAGGCUACAACCCGUAAGAAUGAUCUCGCCUCUGUCCUUGCCCCCUUCCCUGUGUUUCUCCAUUUAUUUGCUUGGAGUACUUGAUGGCUAGAUCAUGCACAUCAAGUGUUUGUGGAAAUGUGGAAGUAAAAUAUACUGUCAUGCCUUCUUCCGUUGGAACUUAGAAGCCUGACACUCAAGAAACGGAUCCCGUCAGCUGUGAUCCAUUUGACAACUAACAGGUUCAGAGGCGCAUCAAGGCAGGGUAUGUGUGUGUGUGGGGCCUGCGUGCCAGCGUGUAAGGCGAGUGCGUGUACCCGUAUGCCUAUAGAUAAGGACCAACAACAUGUACUGUGCAGAGAGGAAAAUGAAUGAAAACUGAAUUCUGCAUCUCAUCCCCCGUCUUCCCUCUGUUUCCCAUCCCCUUCUUGUGAUUCGCGUAGUGGGAUACUACAGUUGGUACUCAGAGCUUGGUUCGGUCUGGCUGCGCUCCGUAAUCCCUCGAUCCUACCGGUAACAUCGACCAGCUGGUUGGGAAUCGCUCUCGGGUUUGAUUCCCGUAAAUCCGAAGUUGGCGUUCGGUUGAUUUGGGGGGAGUUGCACUGGCACCAGUCUCCAAGCCUUCCGCACAAACUCGAUUCGUUUUAGAGAAGAUGGAGGUGCUCCAAAAAUCUCUGGAGGAGGUCAUCUCCACGCUGAAGGGAUUCGGCACCAAGCUUGACGCCGUCGCCGUCGAUGUGAAGGGCAACAGUGAGGAGGUCGUCCGCCUCACCAAGCAGGUGGAUGAUUUCGGGGUGGAUCUUGAAGAAAUUCGCCGUCAACAGCUCACCGCCGAUAAGGCCAAGCGCUUGGAGACGGAGGACACCGGGCAGCGUCCUUCAGAGACGACUGUUUCCGGGGCACAGCGGCACGCCGUCCUCGCCAACAAUGGCAGACCCCUGCUUCCGGAACCAUCGCGUGCGCGCGAGUUCGGGGAUCCGUCCCGCGUCGGCGCUACGGGCAGCGAUGGUGGUGGAUUUCUUGCCAAACCACCCAAGCACCACUUCCCCAAGUUCAAUGGUGAACACCCGCUGUUGUGGAUCGAUUUGGCCUACACAUAUUUCACCAUGUACUCUGUUCCUUCAGCUCACUGGGUGGCUACGGCGACUUUGUACCUCGAGGGCCAUGCCGCGUUAUGGUUCCGUGCAUACAAGCGUCGCCAUGCCCAGCCAAGUUGGACAACAUUUAUCGCAGCGGUGGUUGACGAAUUUGGUCAGGAGGAGUAUGAGGGACAAAUGUCCAAGUUGCUUCAACUGAAGCAAACAGGCUCUGUUCCUGAAUACAAGGCUGCCUUUGAAUCAUGUAUGUAUCACCUUCUCUCCCUGGAUGAAUCCUUGAGUAAUCGCCGGUUCGUCUCUCAGUUUGUCUUUGGCCUCCGCGACGAGCUACGAGCUGCCGUCCGCCUGCAGGCGCCAUCAAGCGUGACCCGCGCAGCCUCCUUGGCACGCAUACAAAAGGAGGAGGCGGAACACCAGCGACCUCGCACGCGGCCUCCCGCGCCCACCAAACAUCCCACGGUGGGCACUGCACUUCCUCUGGGAUCGGCUGUGGUCCCUGUUGGCGCGCGCCGGGCGGCCACCGACGAAUACACUCGGGAGCGCCAACUCCGGGAUUUUCGUCGCACCAACGGCCUUUGCUUCAAGUGUGGUGACAAGUACUCUAAGGACCAUCAAUGCAAGAAGCCAGCACAUGUCCUGAUGAUUGAAGUCGGGGAGUUUGGUGAAGUUCUAUCUGAUGAUACAGUUCAUGCUCUGAACUUGCUUGAUGGUAGGCCUGAUGCUGCUCCAGCUGCAGAGUGUUGCACAAUCUCGGUUCAUGCUGUCUCAGGUACCGAAGACAAUUCCACUAUUCGCAUAAGAGCAAUGGUUGGCAACCAGUCACCAAGAUAUCUCCUAUCAACGUCAAGGUGGCCAAUGGUCAGGUGAUGAAUUGUAUAUCAGCGGUUGAAGGGCUACAAUGGUGGUCUCAUGGCGCCACAUUUUGUGAUGACAUGCGUGUUCUUGAGCUGGGCGCAUAUGACGCAGUGUUGGGCAUGGAUUGGUUAUCCAAAUGUGGGUUGAUGACUUGUGACUGGGCUGGCAAGGUCUUGCAAUUCAAGCAUCAGGGGGCUGUAGUUACUCUCAAGGGUGUGGCAUCCAAGUCAACUUCUGC